AUGAAUGACUUUGAUUACCUGAAGCUCCUGGGAAAAGGGACCUUUGGGAAGGUGAUCCUGGUGCGGGAAAAGGCCACCGGGCGCUACUACGCCAUGAAGAUCCUGCGGAAGGAGGUCAUCAUCGCCAAGGUGCGUGCGGGAUCCGCACGGAUUCGGGUCGGGAGACCCCAGCCCCGCGCUGCUUCUCCGUUUCUCCGGCCCCGGCGAUGAGCUUGGAGCACAUGAAAGGUGUUUAAAGCGCUGCUUGAUCCCGAUUCUCCCGUUUUCCCUCUUCCUCUUCUUCUCCAGCUCUUUUUCCACCUCUCAAGAGAACGUGUCUUCACGGAGGAUCGGGCCCGCUUCUACGGCGCCGAGAUCGUCUCCGCCUUGGAAUAUCUCCAUUCCCGGGAUGUGGUCUACAGGGACAUCAAGCUGGAAAACCUCAUGUUGGAUAAAGAUGGACACAUCAAAAUCACCGACUUCGGGCUCUGCAAGGAGGGCAUCAGCGACGGAGCCACCAUGAAGACCUUCUGCGGCACCCCCGAGUACCUGGCGCCGGAGGUGCUGGAGGACAACGACUACGGGCGCGCCGUGGACUGGUGGGGCCUGGGGGUGGCGAUGUACGAGAUGAUGUGCGGCCGCCUCCCCUUCUACAACCAGGACCACGAGCGGCUCUUCGAGCUCAUCCUUAUGGAAGAGAUCCGCUUCCCGCGCACCCUCAGCCCCGAGGCCAAGGCCCUGCUGGCCGGGCUGCUCAAGAAGGACCCCAAGCAGCGGUGAGGGGCUUGG